AUGCAGUCUUCAUCAACUUUGCUGUUACGCGAUGACAUCUUGAAGCCGCAAACGUCAGAAGAAGUUCAUCGAUUCAUAAUCUUAGACGCACCCAACCUCAUGCACAUGACAAAAACGAAGGAAAGUGAGCAGAACAAAGUGAGCGUUGCCGGGUUACUUGCCGUGAUGAGGUACUUCUUCAAGAAUGACUUUGAUGUAUUAGCUGUUUCACAGCGAAAAUACACACGUGACGCCACUGUAUCCCACAAAUUUGCUGUGGAUCAGCUCGAAACCAUGGGCCUCAUGUAUUUGGCUGAGGGCCACACUCUCGAUGAUGUUGUUGCCCUCGAAAUGGCCUACACGACAGAUGGUGUUGUUGUCUCAAACGACCAGUUUUUGUGGGUGCUUAAUAUUGAGUUCAACCUCUUUUUUUCUGCUUUAGUUCUUACCAGAGAUCAUAUGCAGCUUUCUCAGCGUUUCUGCAACCUCGGCGAUCGUUGUGUCUCAAUCGCACUUGAGCAAGUGAAGCCAUCUGAUCGAUAUACAAUGAGCUCUAACGGUCACUAUAUUGCUGAGCAUACCUUUCGCUUUCACCGCCGUCCGUCAUCACAGAGUUCUUUCAAUUUCCAGACAUCGUCUGGCCCGCACGGUGCAUUUUUCUCUACACCGAACAAUAUUCGGCAUGAAAUCGUGAAAGAACAUCGUCAGAACUGGACCACUGACUAUCGUGAUCAAACCAUUUCCAUGAUCGACGAAAUGCUCACCAAAAUUCGCAAGCAAUUCACUGUCUUUAAGGCUCGCCGCUCCCAGGCAACAAAGAAGAAAGCCGCUGUGGGCCAUCGAGAAAGUUCAAAUCGAUACAUGUCUCCGAAGAUUAUUCAGGAUGCGAAUGAAACUUCGAAAGUCACAUGCUUCUUUGACGAAUCACUCCUGGCAUGCGAUAUUUGUUUGGAAGUAAUGCAUAAUGCGAUGAAUGUAUCUCCAUGCAAUCAUAAAUUUUGUGCUGGAUGUAUCUAUGAGUGGAAUUCGUUGAACUCAAAAUGCCCAAAGUGCCGUUGGAGCGCUGUGGACAUAACUCGUGAUACGACGAUAAAUGCCAUCAUCGAGCAAUACCUCCAAGCGUUUCCAGAAAAGCGGCGUGAUGAAGCCCAGUUGAUUGAACUUGACGAGCGAGAGCUGGAUCACUUGGAGAAAUGGGAACGAAAACGAGACUCGGAUGAGGGGGACUACGAAUACGACAUGGACGACCAGUAUUUUGAGGUCUCAACUUAG